UUAUUGUAUUUUUGUGUAGUGCUACUUUGGUUGUUUUUUGCUUUGGUUUGACAUCUGCAGAACAAAUCCUGCUAGGAUUCGAAGUUUUGAUCCAAGUUCCAACAGGUUUGUAACACUUUGGUCUCAGUCCUAUAUAAUCACCUAGCAAGCAACCUUGAUAGUACCACUGAGCAGUAAUAUUACAUAGUUAAACUUUUUUUGGCUGUUUUCUGAGCAAUAAUGGGAGUCAAGGGCACGAGCAUUGGUGCUGUUUUCUUUGUUAUUGCAUCUGCUUUGCUGCUCCUUUCUCCCUCACCAUCCGCUGAUGCUAGUCCUCUCCUGAGUGCCUGCCGUUUUGAUCAGGUGUACCAACUUGGGGACUCCAUAUCAGACACUGGGAAUUUGAUCAGGGAAUCUCCACUUGGAGCCGCUUUACCUUUCGCCAGAAACCCCUACGGUCAGACCUUCUCCCACCACAAAGCCACCGGCCGUUGCUCUGAUGGACUUCUUAUGAUUGACUACAUUGCCCAGGCGCUGGGUCUACCUCUUCUGAAUCCGAUCAAGGAUACAAAGGCGAAUUUUGAGCAUGGAGCAAAUUUUGCCGUAGCCGGUGCUACGACACUAUCAUCAGCUGUUCUCGCUCGUCAUCAUGUUAGAAAUCCAGCGACCAACAGUUCCCUUGACGUACAGCUUCAGUGGAUGAACGAUCACUUUCACAAAUUUUGUCACAACGAUUGUGAAAGGAAGCUUCAAAAAGCUCUAUUUAUGGUGGGUGAAAUCGGAGGCAACGAUUAUAAUUAUGCAUUCCUUCAGUACUUUGAUGAGGCUAGAGAUACGCUUAGAAUUCAAGAGUUGGUACCUCUAGUUGUUGCCAAAAUUAAGCAUGCUGUUGAGAAAGUCAUUAGUUUUGGAGCAAGGACAAUAGUGGUUCCUGGGAACUUUCCAAUGGGAUGUCUGCCAAUUUAUCUUACAAAGUUUGGGCUAGAAAGCGAGGUAGACGAGUUCGACGAGAAUCAUUGCAUAUGGCUAUUGAACAGCUUUGCAACUUUCCACAAUAAUCACCUGAAGAAGGCGAUUGCUGAGCUGCAAGACAAGUACCCUUAUGUAACAAUCGUCUAUGGAGACUACUACGCUGCAUAUGAACAGCUUCUCAAACUAGGUGAAACUAAAGGUUUUGAGCUGCACAAAGCUUGUUGUGGAGUUGGAGGGCAGUACAACUUCAAUGAGACGCGAAUGUGUGGAUUUCCAGGCGUUAAGGCUUGCCGUGAUCCCGAAAGAUACGUCAGCUGGGAUGGAAUUCAUUUAACACAGGAGGCUUACCGCAUGAUAGUGGAUUGGUUGCAAGCUGAUCUUUUCUGGAAAUUGCGUUGCCAUCAUUGAACAAGUCUUAUCAACUUUAUUAUUAUGUUCUUCAAGCUCCUGCAGUAGCAGUACUUUUGAGUCUGAGUUUGCUUUUUCAGUCCAGUAGCUUAUAGUUUGGUUUUAGUUAAUGGGAAGCUCUUGUGUGACUAAUUUCGUCACCAAAUGUUUGAGCACUUACUUUUAUAUGAAACUUUUUCAGUUUUUAUCA